AUGGACGCGUCGAUGCUGGAGCAGCUCGAGAUCAUCCGCGACGAGCUCCAGUGCUUCGUCUGCAAGCGCGUGCUGGAAGACCCGCAGUGCUUGACAUGCAACCACAACUUUUGCAGGGUCUGCAUCGAGAACGAGCUGCGCAAGGCCGUGUCCAAGUGCGCGCGCUGCUCGAUUCCGAUCCGACCGACAGACGUCCGGCGCAACCAGUUUCUCGACGGCCUCGUCGCCGAGUGGAAGUUUGUCGAAGCCGCCAUCGACGCCAGUCGCCCGAGCUACGACGCCGGCAGCGUCAUUGCCUAUCUCUCCAACUUUGCCAGCGUCGCCCACCGGGCGAGC